AUGAAGUACAGCAUCGCCGCCGUUGCUUUCCUCGUCGCUGGCGCCAUUGCGGCGCCGACUGCCAGCAUGAUCGAGGACCGCCGGAUGACGGCCAUCCACGUCCUCUACGACAACAAGCAGUCCCUGCAACUGACGCCUGAGGAGGCCGACGUCUUUGACAAGUUCAUGGACAUGAUGGGCACGAUGCAGCAACGCGACACCGAGGCCGGCGCACCCAUGACUACCGGCGGUGCCCCUGCCCCUGGUGGUGGCAGCCCUCUCGGCAACCUCACAAGUCUCCUCCCCCCCCAGGUCCAAGGCAUCAUCGAUAAGAUCACUGGCGGCAAGAAGGGCGGCGCUGCUGGAGGCAUGCCACCAGGCGGCGCGGCUGGCGGCAUGAUGCAGGGCGGCGCGGCUGGCGGCAAGAAGGGCGGCCUUCUCGGUGGAGCCCUCAUUCCUGGCAUCCUCUAA